CCACUGCAAACACAAAAAUACGAGCUUUUUGAGGGAGACAUGAAUGCACCAUAUCCCGCUUUCCUGGAAACAUUUGGAGCUUCUUUGGGAAGUAAUAGAAAACUAUAGCGUCCAAGAAGUUAUGUGUGUGUGAUUAUUCUGCAAUCCGGGCGUGAAAUUUGAUUCUAAGAACUAGAAAAAGGAUAAAAAAAUAAUCCAAAACAAGAAAAAAGAAAAAACAACAACACCUGCAGCUGAUCGCACACUUACAACCAGUGAAUGAAGUAUACGAAAGCCCCAACACUUCACAGAAACGUAUACAAACUUUUAUUUAAAUGCAAAAACAUCUUAAUUUGUCUAACCUUGAAAUGAAAAAGGUAUUUAAAACAGUUCAUACUGUCAGAUCUGGAUUUAGAGGAGUACAACAUGUGAGUGUGUGUUACUGGGAGGAGUUUGGUGUUCCUGUAUCCAGCUGCUGUGUGUGUACGAGGAUCACUGCCAUCAGGCUGCACACGGAACAGCCUCAGUGUGAGAUGAAGGAACAUCCUGAGGGGAUCAAUCGGCAUCAUAUCUGUCAUACUUUUGACAAUGAAACCAGUCACAGCAGCUGAUGCAGAGGAGCUCAGAUCAGCAGCGACUUUGUACAACUUUCCCUCGAGGAGCUAAGAUGAAGAGGAGAGCCUGAAGACUUUUUCCACGGAACAAACCAUAGGUGGUUAUCAUGUCUCUGUGGACGAUCCUCCCCAUCAGCCUGCCUGUCUUCACCAUCACUGGGAUAUGGGUUGUAUAUGCGAUGUCCCUGUACAACCAGCAUGUCUGUCCUGUCCAUAACUGGCUGUACAAUGAGUCAUGUGAAGAGCAGCUUCCACUACAGAGGGGUCCAGUCCUGUGCUGCACCCUGGACAACAUACCACUCAUCAGUAAAUGUGGAACCCUGCCACCUGAAAGCUGCUUUUUCAGCCUCAUAUGCAGCACUGGAUCCUUUAUGGUGAUGCUGAUUGCUCUGCUGCGUUACGCUCAUGUGAUCGAGAAGCACCAGAACUGCAUUCUCAACACGGCCGGCCUCUCCACUGCAUGGAUCUGUGCUGCAGGGCUCAUCAUGGUGGGAAACUUCCAGGUGGAUUUUGCCAAAGUCCUCCAUUACGUCGGGGCUGGAGUGGCCUUCCCCUCCAGCAUGUUGUUUGUGUGUCUGCAGUCGGCUCUGACCUACAGGCUGGCUAAGACCCAGGAGGAGUACCGGAUAGGACACCUGCGAGUGGGGAUGGCCCUGCUGGGCCUCAUUGCUCUGGUGCUCAGUGGAGUUUUCUUUUGCCAGGAGAGCUUUGCCUUGCAGCAUGCUUCCGCCAUCUUUGAGUGGAUCUACUGCAUGCUCAUCAUGCUUUUCUACGGGACUUUUGCCUUCGAGUUCGGGGGCAUGUCGGGGGACACGCUGAUGGUGCUGUCCAGAGGAGGAGGAGGAGGAGGAGGGGUAAACAGCUUCUCCACCUCUGGACACAAGACGGAGGUGAGCAGCGGAUCCAACCACCAUCAGCCGGAGAGUUUAUCAAUGCUGUAACCAAAGUGCGAACAAGCUUCAGGAUCCCUGGAGGUCAAAGGGCGACACAUAUGGAGGAGCUGAUUAUGGAUGCUGCAUCCUGCUGCACCUUCAUGCUCACUCUUGCACACAGCAGUGACCAAAGACUUUUAUCCUGCUUCUCUUUAUUUAAUAGCAGCCACAACUGCAGAACAUUGCACAAUAAUGGAAGUGCCUUCUGAAAACUGACAGAAAUCCACGUGCACACACUCACACACAGCCCUCGCUGUUUGUUUUAAUUGUCUCAAUGUAACAAUGCCUCUCUGCAUUCUUGGCUACAGUCGCGUGUUAUCAGACCGGACCUCCUGAACUUCCUUCAGAUGUAACAAAUCUUUAGACGUGCAGACACCGAGCUCUGUGUUGUUUUUUUACUCAGGAAGUUUUGUUACAUAAACCGCUUUUGCCUAAUGUAAGGGAGAGUUUUCCAAAAGACAAUAGAUGGACUAAAGGUAACUAUGUGCCGAAAAUAAUCAUUUUAAUGUGUUUUAUAGCAGGUAGAUCUGCCCUAUGUUGAACAGUUUAUUUUAUAGUUUUUUAUGAUGUCCAAAGAAACAUUUUGUGCAACUUUUUAUGGGGAUAAUGCCCAAAUAGCUCUCAUAUUAAAGCUCUGUUGUAUAUUUUGUUAUAUCAGAUCUUUGCCAAAUAAUACGUAUCAUUGCUCUCAGUAACAAUGACAGUUUUACAGUUUGAAUGGGACCAAACUAUCUGAAUUUUGUUUAAUAAUAUGCUGAAAUAUUUUAACAAGAAUAAUGUAUGAAGAGAACAAAAGAAUUAAAGCAAGGAAAAUGUAA